GGCAAUUUUUACGGUGACGCAAAUGAAAACAGAAAAAAAAUAAAGAAGAAAAGAGACAUCGACUUUUUUCUGGUUCAUAAGACAAUCACAGUCGCGAAUUCCGUCGUUUGCGACAGUGAAAAUAUCAAAAAGCAGUCAUGGCUCCAGCAGUCAGAACCAAGUACGAGUUCUUUGGACCUCCCGGUGCAACCGGCAUCGUCUUCGGUCUCCCGGUGCUUUUGUGGACAUUGUUCUUCGCAUGCAAUGACGUCUCAGGAUGCCCGGCGCCGUCGCUGCUGAGUCCCCGAGACCUCACGUGGGCCAAGCUCAAGUCCGAGAUUCCGUGGCCCGAGAAUGGCGUCCGUGGCUUUGUCAGCUGGGAGGUUACCUUUUGGGUCUUUGCCUACUACUUCCUCAGCCUUGUCCUCCACCGCGUCAUGCCGGCUGAGGAAGUGCUCGGGACUAAAUUAAAGGAGUCGGGUCGUCCCCUCAAGUACCGAUUUAAUGCUUUCAACGCCACCGUCGUUCAGCUCAUUGCUUGCGCUUUCGGCACCUAUCUCCAUGGCGCUGACUUUGUUGUUUGGAGGUUCCUGACCGACAACUACCUGCAACUUUUAACGACCAACAUCAUCCUGGCGUAUGCGAUUUCCAUCUGGGUCUACGCAAAGAGCUUCUCCGUCAAGCCUGGCGACUCCGAACUGCGUGAGCUUGCCCAGGGUGGUCACACUGGCAACCUGAUCUAUGACUUUUACAUUGGCCGUGAGCUCAACCCUCGCGUUACGUUGCCGUUUUUCGGCGAGAUCGAUAUCAAGACCUUCCUCGAGAUGCGCCCCGGUCUGACCGGUUGGAUCCUACUCAACUGCGCCAACAUUGCCAAGCAGUACCGCAACUAUGGCUUCGUUUCCGACAGCAUCCUGUUCACGACAGCCGUGCAGGCCUACUACGUCCUCGAGGGCCAGUACAUGGAGGCGGGCAUCCUGACGAUGAUGGACAUUACAACCGACGGCCUCGGCUUCAUGCUUACUUUUGGUGACAUCGCAUGGCUGCCCUUCCUCUACUCCACUCAAACCCGUUACUUGUCCACUUACCCGGUCACACUCGGCCCCGUCGGUCUGGCAAUUGUUAGCGCCGUCUUCGCCACGGGUUUGUACAUCUUCCGCGCGUCCAACACACAAAAGAACCUCUUCCGCAGGGACCCCAACCACCCCAGCGUCCGCGACCUGUCAUACAUCCAAACCAAGCGCGGUACUCGUCUGCUCACCGCAGGCUGGUGGGGUAUGUCUCGCCACAUCAACUACUUUGGCGACUGGCUGCAGGCUUCGCCAUUCAGUCUCCCGACCGGUAUUGCCGGCUACAUGAUCCUGCCCGCCGGCAGCGCGGUCGCCGAGGCCGGCGCGACCAUGCUCGACGGUCGCCAGGUCAUCCAGGGGGCGGCCCGGGGCUGGGGUAUGCUAUUCACCUACCUCUACGUCGUCUAUUUUGCCGUCCUGCUCAUCCACCGCGAGGGCCGUGACGACGUGGCCUGCACCGAGAAGUAUGGCGAGGACUGGGAGACGUAUAAGAAGACUGUCAAGUACAGGAUUCUGCCGUACGUGUACUAGACGUGUGGCAAACUGGAUGCUGUCUAUUGGGGAGUCUCGGGGGUGGUUUAAAUCGCUUGGAGACACUCGAAGUAAAGCGUACUAGGGAAGCCGGCUUAUGCUCGGUUGGGUAGCUCGCACGGUACUUGGACAACGAAGUGGAUAGGGUGCAUGGGAUUCGCCUGCAGGACCCGGCGAUUCCACAUAUACAGAUUAUAAUUUAAUAGCAAAGCAAUCAAUCUUCCCAAA